UUUCAGAAAUUUGAUAAAAUAGUCCUUUGUAAACACACAUAAAACAUUUAUCUUUCGACCCUACUCCAUCCCUCCAAGAUUCAGAAACUCUCAGUGAGUAUUCUUACGUUGGGGGCCAGGACACAGACAAGGACAGGAGCGGGGAGGGGAAAUUGACAUGUGUUCUGGGCAGGGUUUGAGGUUUUUGAACUUUUUCUACAAGGAACAGAGUGCAUGCUGCUACAUUUCCUAAUCGUGAACUGAAGUGAGCUGGUCACCAUGCGGCUACUCCUGGCUCUUGCUGUCCUCCUGGUUUUGGAUUCUUCAGUUCAAGGUUGUCCUGUGCAGAGAGCCAGGUACCAGUGGGUUUGCUGCAGUCCUGACAGUAAUUCUGCAAACCGCAUGGAUGAGAAGGGGCCAACAUUCAACCUACUUCCUGGUGAAUCCAACAGAAUCCUUCCUCCAAGGACUGACCCUGCUUCAAUGACAAGAUCCCAGAACUUGAAUGAUGUCUUCCCUCUUUCUGAGGGCUAUUUUGGAUCUGGCUCUGGCUCUGGAUCAGGAUCUGGAAGUGGCUUCUUAACUGAAACUGAACAGGAAUACCAAGCAGUAGAUGAGAGUGUUUUUUAUUACAACUUUAGGCCUCUCAAGAGAAAUCUGCCAUCAGACAAUCAGGACUGGGGCCAAGAUGGACCAGAAGAGGAUUUUAUUAUAUGAAAGAGAGGGUUUCCCAUCUUCAUGUCAGGCAAUACAUCCAGUAUAUUUUAUGUACCAUAGUUAAAUGAUUAAUUUUAGAACAAAGUUUUAUAGAAAUUUUAAAACAUCUGAAAAAGAAGUUUAGGUUUUAUCACC